AUAUCGUUCGGUCGUUCGCGGCGUUUACGGUUCACCCCCUCCCCCUGAUCUCUGUUCCUUUCCCCCAUCUUCCUUUCCUGGCGGCGGCGACGACUGGGCGAGCGCCGCCGGCGCUAUUCGCCAAGUCUUCGCCGGGUCCUUUUCCAUCGACGAGUACCCACCAGUGUACACCCAUGUCCUAUGCUGGGUCCGCCCCUGGUUUCCGUGGCGCCCGCUACUGCUCCUGCUGCAGCCAUUGAUGUGCUGAGGACGGGGGCGGUGGUGGCGCCAGGAAGGCAGGAACCAAAGCAGCAUGGUGGUGGUGAUAGCCGAGGCCGUCUGCACGAACGGUGGCCCUCAGAAGGUGGUGGCUCCUGGCCUUGCUACAGAUCGGGGAGGUGAUGCCGUCGAAUGCUCGAGCUCGUUCGGGGACACCAGCUCCGGUUUCGAAGGUGAGGCUGAUGGGGGUGAACCGGAGGUGGAUUCUGUCAUCUCAGCUGAUGCCAAUGGUAGUGGGUACUCAAAGCUGCCAAGAAGGAAAAAGGUGACAGCUGAGUGGAGGGAUUCUGUUCUUCCAAUUCUGUGGAGAUGCCAGUGGUUAGAGUUGCGUGUGAAGGAGCUGUCAUCUCAAGUAUCAAAGUAUGACAGGGAGCUUGCUCUAAUCAAGAAAGAAAAGGAACUACAGCUAGCAGUAAGCAAAGCAAAUGUUUCUAGGUUAGAAUCGAGGCAGAUUCACAAAGGCCAUGGGGACAGUAUUAUGAAGAGGAGAAAGAGGAAGAGACAUGAAGAAAAUGUGGAUGGGCCCUUGUACAUCAACAAGCACCAGAUAUUGUCAUACUAUAAUGAUAAGCAAAAUAAGGGAGCUGAAACUGGUGGUAUCUUAAUUGAUGAUGAUUGUGGCAGUACAGUUGAUGGCUGUAUCAGAGGUGGACUUGACACUAUUACAUUGCUCAAUUCCGAGAAUUAUGAUAUGAUUUUUGAGCAACUCAUUUUAAAGCACGCACUCAUGACAAUUGACGGGCUCCAGUCUAGAGUUCAUCUGCUGCAAGAUCGUCUUAGCAAGGCUCAUUCUGGAGGAGAAAAUUUGGUGAUUUCUGAGUACAGUACUCAUGUCAGGGUGCCUCAGGAGAGGCAGCAUACUCAAAAGCACUCAUUCUCUUAUAUGGAGUGUCGAUAUAGUAAACCACGGAAAAGGAAGAAUCUAAACGUUUUGCUGAAGGAUGAUGUAUCAGCUCUUGCAGUGAGACCUGCUUUGCCUGACAUGGAAACUGAUGCUCAUUUAAAAGAUGAAAAUAGGAAUGCUGAAGAAAGAAGUGGAGAGUGCAAUCACUUGAGGGAGAAAUACGUCACAAUGGACCAACUCUUGGGUACUGACAAUUCCAUACCAAAUGGUCACAUUGGGGAUUUAUGCAAAGAAAACACUUAUGAUAUCCUCAUAGACAAUCAAGCAGCCAAUGUAGUGCAUCGGCAGUUUGGUAAGGCCAAGCAUCUGCCUUCUGGAACUUCUAACAAAGGCCCAGCAGAAACGAAGAACAUUUCUGCUCCAGCAGAAGUUAAGAACACUUGUGCUCCAGUUGAUAGCACUUCUGCUCCAGCGGUGGAGCCUGUCUCCCCUCAGAGCAAGGAGCUUAAACCUAAGAAGAAGAGGAAGAAAGGCUCUUUUCUCACCAAGAAGAAGAAGAAUAAGAAGAAAGAGACCUCCAAAACACCUGCAAAGGAGAAAGCUGAGGGCACACCCUCAGCUGCAAAGAACAAAACUGGGGGCACACCUUCUGCUGCGGCAGUGGAGAAAACUGAGAGCGCGCCCUCUGGUUCAAUGGGGCUGGGAACCAUGACUGCUCGCUCAGCUAGGAAGAAGCGCAAAACUGGAAAUGAACCUGCAGAUGCGAAGAAGCGUGAAUCUGUACCAUCGAAGAAGCAGGAAACUGGUAAGCCAUCCUCAGCAGCAAAGGAGGAAACUGGGAAGCCAUCCUCAGCAGCAAAGAAGCAGGAAACUGGGAAGCCAUCCUCAGCAGCAAAGAAGCAGGAGACUGCAAAUGCGCCCUCCGCAACAAAGGAGACUGAAAGCGCCCCCUUGAAUGUGAAGACUGAGAAGGCUGUGCUGGCGGUGGCUGUAAAUUGCAGGAGCCAAAGGGUACGAAAGCCCAAAGUUUUUGCUGAGUGAAACAGAGACCUCUUAGAGUCUGAUGUGUAUGUAUCCUGUCGUCUGGCCGCCAAAGUCGGUGACCCUGUCAACAUAGGAAGUGACGGAUCGAUGUAAGUUAGUGUAUAUAUCAGCUUUUGCCUAGGUAAAAAAAAGAAUCUCACCCAAAAUUUUUGGUUGGUUGUUCUUGACCCUUCUGUUCUGGGAUACCAAACUAACAAUGUCGUGUUGUGUCACCUCUAUAUCCCAAAUGAAAAAAAAUUGAGAAAAUUAUGCCGUGACAUUGCAA